ACAGAGUGCAUGCACACACUUUUCUGUGAGCACCUUUCUUUAUUAGAACUGGAAUAUUUCAAACUGGGAUAUAUUUAUUAUUUUUUAACAUUUGAUUUGGAUUUUAUUAGUCUGCAAGUAUGACAAUCCGAACAGCCCGUCCUGACCGGGUGCAACAUUUCCCUCCCCGUAUGCACUGCCUCAAAAAGCUGGAGGCCAUAGUGGUGGAGAUGCAGGACCUGAAAAAUGGAGUGAAAGGGUCGGAGCAGAAACUCAAUGUCACUACCAUCCCACAUGUCAUCGCUGGUAAGGACAUCAUUGCAUGGAUUGCCAACAAGAUGAAGACUCCAACUGAAGAGGCUCAUGUCUUUUGCACCAUGUUAGUGGCCUAUGGCUACAUCUAUCCCCUGCAGAACCACAAGAAGCUGGUCAUGUGCAAUGAUACUAGCCUCUACCGCUUCCAGACACCAUACUUCUGGCCUACACAGAAAUGGGUUGCAGAUGACUCUGACUAUGCCAUUUACCUGGCAAAGAGGAACAUCCGCAAGAAAGGCAUGCUCGAGCCCUAUGAACAGGCACAUUACAACCACCUCCAUAAAUGGCUUAACCACAAAUGGGACUUCAUUGUGAUGCAGGCCACUGAACAAUACAAGGCUGGUAAGGAGAGGAAGAAGCCGGAUCGUGUGGUGUUUGACUGCCAGGAGAGGGCUUACUGGAUAUUGAACAGGCCUCCGCGUCGUACUCACAGUGCUAUUGACUGCGGUCCAGAGCAUCUUUUUGAUCCCAACGCAGAUGAGAAAAUCAGCUUUGACCAGUACAGACGCAUGAACAUCUUCUAUCAACAAGCCAUCAUGAGGUCAAAGGUCAAAUCUAGUGUUUCCCUCGGAGCACUUGUCAAGUACAUCACAACGUACAAGACCCAUGACCCAUUUCUGGCUCCGUGCCUACCCAGCAACCCCUGGCAAACAGACAAUGACUCGUACUGGAAUCUCAACACGAGGAGAGUUGAAAUACCCACUAAGAUGAGAGUGGAGCGCUGGUCAUUCAGCUUGUUCGAGCUGCUGACGGACCUGCGAGGCCGAGAUGACUUCAAGGUCUUCCUCAAGAAGGAGUUCAGUGGGGAGAACCUGGCUUUUUGGGAAGCAGCUGAAGUAUUGAAGUGGGGCACUGCAUCCUCCAUGCCAUCAAAAGCUGAGACCAUCUUUAAAACCUUCCUGGCCCCUGGUGCUCCCCGUUGGAUCAACAUUGAUGGCAGGACAAUGGGUCUGACAGUGAAAGGCCUGGACCAUCCUCACCGCUACGUGCUGGAAGCAGCGCAGACACACGUCUUCCUACUCAUGAAAAAGGAUACAUUCUUCCGUUACCUCAAGUCACCCGUGUACAAAGACAUGCAGAAGAAAGCACUGAACCCUGAGGCUCAUAACUUCAGUCCGGCCCAGCUGGAGCAAAACGCUCAGAACCGGAGCCUCGGCAUCCAUCCCAUCAUCCUCUGGCAGCAGGAGGAGGAGGAGAAUGCUAAGGCGGCUGCUGCCUCCGCUCCUAUCGAUGUAAAGGCCAUGAUGAGCAAAAUAGAUAGGAAGUAGAGCCAUGCACUGAAGAUUUACAUGACAUGUGACACACAGUAACACAUAGGUUCCAGCCAGGUGAUGCUUUGUUUUAGAAAGUCAUGAAAUGUCUAUUGUUAAAUGUCUGAAGAUUGACUAGAGCCAAUGAACUUGCUUUUUCUUUAUGUUAUAUAUCGUUUUCCAUGCAUAGUGCUCCAUAAAAGUAAGAGAGUAAGGUAACAGUCAUGACACAGAUAUUGUAGCUUCCUUUGCUGCAAUAUAAAUACAAAAUAGAGGAUACAUUUAAGUCUGAUUUGAUUAAGCUGUCUCUACUAUCGGCUGCAAACUAUUCAAUCAUUCAUCCAUUCACUUCCAUAUGGAUAAUUCUACCGUUUGUACAUCUGGUUACUUGCCUGAAAUGAAUGAUGCGGUCACGUUAAAGCGGAGUUCAGUGUGUAUGUGUGUUUGUUCAAUUAAAGCUAAAGGAUCCAACCUGUGGCUUUAAAAUAA